UUUGUAUGUUUUUCCUGGAGGUUAGCGCCUACUUUCCUAAUGGUUAGCUGCGAAUCACCGUAGCUCAGCCAGUUCAACGCACAUUGCUCAACAAUUUACAGCUAAAUCGGACUGGGAGACUGAAAACUCAUGAGCACACCCACCUUGGCGUAUUUUCGUGGUUUUAUCUAGCCAUGUAGGUAGGACACGACGCGUUGAGGAGACACGUUAACAAACAUUGAGUCAGGGUUGCGUGCUGUGGACUGCCACUUUCAACCAAAACAAUGUUGACAAACGACCUGUGGACACAUAUCAACAACCAGUCAUUUCAAGGAUGGAUAAAGGUGGAGUGAAGAAGAUACCAUAUAGAAGAGAUGACCAUUUAAGCAAACUGGUCUACACUGAAAGCCCUGAGGAGGGAGGUCUGUUGAAAGUGGCUCCUCACAGUGCCAUGUCCAUCACCUCUGCCACCUCUGUCGUUCUUCCAUCCAGUCCGUUGAUGCAGCCAGGACAGGUACCAAACGGUCUCAGCAAUAGCCCCCUUCCAGAGGAGCUAACCUCCACCUCUAUCACUGCCACCGUAGGCCCCUUUUUGGGAGACUCAGAGCCCAGGGGCCUGACCAAAGAUCAGAGGCCUCAGCAGCAGCAGCAGCAGCAGCAGUUAUUCCAGACACAGACCUUUGGGCGUCAAACACCAGGGGACAGUUUGCCCCAGUUGGAGGCCAGUAUUGCAGACAUUACCCAGUCCUCUAUGGAUUCACUUAUUGGGGGAUCAGAUCCUAAUUUCUUCCCUAUGAAAGCAGAGGAUUUCUCCAUGGAUAAAGGAGACCAGGAUCCCAUUGACCUCGAUCAUGCCUUUGAUCACAUUGGGAAAGAUGUGGACGUGAACCAGAAGUUGUUCAGUGACAAUACCCUGGACCUGCUCCAGGACUUUGAGCUCACUGGGUCCCCCUCUGAUUUUUACGUAGGGGAUGAUGCCUUCCUGUCCACUCUUGCAGAUGAUUCUCUGCUUGGGGACGUUGGCGCGGAGAGGGACAUAAAGCCUGCCGUGGUUGAAAGCAGUAAUGGCAGUGUAGCAGUCUCUGUUGCUCUCAACGGCAGCAUUAUGGCAAGUCCAGAUCAGUCCAGCUCUGGCAUAUCCUCAUCUUCCCCUCUAACCCCUACAACCACUUUGUCCCCAUUGGUGAAGAAAGAAAAAGAUGCUGGCUUCAUUCAGCUCUGCACCUCAGGUGUGAUCAAACAGGAGAAGACAUCUGCAGGCCAGAGCUAUUGUCAAAUGAGUGGCACAACCUCCACAGGCAUGUCCACCUCUAACCCCAUUUCCAUCUGUGGGGUCAGCACUUCAGGAGGACCGAGCUACCACUUUGGAAUCAACCCCAGCAGCAGUGAAGCUCAGCAACGUAAGGAUCACAAGCCAGUGUCAAACCAGUAUCUCCCAGUGACGACCAUUAGUACAGCCUGGAACAGAGGCCAGAGUGUUGGGGACAACUUGAGGGUCGGUGAGGCUUUCUCAAGCUCUCCCUCCUACACCACCAGCUUUGCCAGACCGGAAGGGGGCACCACAGCAUCCUCAGCACCAGGAAAGAGCGGGACUCAUAAAAUCUGCCUGGUGUGCUCCGAUGAGGCUUCAGGCUGCCACUAUGGGGUUCUCACCUGUGGCAGCUGCAAGGUCUUCUUCAAGAGAGCUGUGGAAGGGCAGCAUAAUUACCUGUGUGCUGGGAGGAACGACUGCAUAAUAGACAAGAUCAGGAGGAAGAACUGCCCAGCCUGCCGCUUCCGCAAGUGUCUGAUGGCAGGCAUGAACCUGGAAGCACGCAAAACCAAGAAGUUGAACCGCUUAAAGGGCAGCCAGCUGAGCAACCCGCCCGAGGUGACUCCUUCUCCACCAGUUGAGGCUCGUUCCCUGGUACCCAAGUGCAUGCCUCAACUCGUUCCUACAAUGCUGUCCCUCCUGAAGGCCAUUGAACCGGACACCAUCUACGCGGGCUACGACAGCACCCUCCCCGACACCUCCACCCGCCUCAUGACUACCCUGAACAGGCUGGGCGGGCGUCAGGUCAUCUCUGCCGUCAAGUGGGCCAAGGCUCUGCCAGGUUUCAGGAACCUGCACCUUGAUGACCAGAUGACCCUGCUGCAGUGCUCCUGGCUCUUCCUCAUGUCUUUCGGUCUGGGCUGGAGAUCUUACCAACAGUGCAACGGCAACAUGCUCUGCUUCGCACCCGACCUCGUCAUCAAUGAGGAGCGUAUGAAGCUGCCCUACAUGGCCGACCAGUGUGAGCAAAUGCUGAAGAUUUCCAGCGAGUUCGUCCGGCUGCAGGUUUCCCACGACGAGUAUUUGUGCAUGAAAGUCCUGCUGCUGCUCAGCACAGUGCCAAAGGACGGCCUGAAGAGCCAGGCGGUGUUCGACGAGCUUCGGAUGUCGUACAUCAAAGAGCUGGGGAAAGCCAUUGUAAAGCGUGAGGAGAACUCCAGCCAGAACUGGCAGCGUUUCUAUCAGCUCACCAAGCUGCUCGACUCCAUGCAUGAGAUGGUCGGUGGACUGCUCAGCUUCUGCUUCUACACCUUUGUGAAUAAAUCCCUGAGUGUGGAGUUCCCAGAGAUGCUGGCAGAGAUCAUCAGCAACCAGUUACCAAAAUUCAAGGCUGGGAGUGUCAAACCUCUCCUCUUCCACCAGAGAUAACUGUGCCCCGUAACAGACACAAUGCCUUAAAAAUCCCACCACAUCACCUCACCAACCACCAACCACCCCCCCACCCCCCUCCCUCAGGAGAGCGACGAUGAAAGGACUGAGGAUCUGAAGGAGCUGAGGAGUGAAUGAUGUUUUUGGGAGCGAGUAUGCAACUUUGUGCAGUGGCUUACAGGUCUGGAGGGAGAGAGCAGCGAGAGACGCCAGACAGCGAGCACAGAGAUUUUGUUUUGUUGAACAGUCUAAGAUGUAGUGCGUAACAACAAGUAGGAAAUAUUUGUAAGAUAAUAGAAAAGAUAAUCCUAAAGAGAAAUAGGCUAACAUCCAUGUCGUCUCAGGUUUCUUACCUUCAAAUACACAACAAUAUCUAAAACAGAUAAAACAAAUAUCUCUGUACAGGUUCUGAUAGUAUUUUCUACAUUUUCAAAUUGUAACAGUUUAUACAGUUUUCCAGGUCAUUGUUACCUAGGAAGGUAACAUAGCUUAAUUAAUAACAUGCUCUUAAGUAGGCUUUUAGACUGUAUGUUCCUCUUUUAGUUUUUAUAGGAGGUUGUAACAAAAUGUUUAUCAGUCAUAUGGGGAAAAAAAAAAUCUGUUUUCCAGUCAUCUAAAAAGCAUAUUUCUGCUUUGCUUCGAUUGAUACUUUGGACAUACGAAACAAUUCUGUUGGAUUGUUAACUGACCAUUCAAAGGAUGAUUUCUCCCACAAGCCGACCUCUUCCAGGUUUACACACAUCGAUUAUAAAAGGGAAAAAAAAUGUGCCUUUUUUACUUCAAAUAUCAUCUUAGCCAUUUUCUUCCUACCUGUCCAAGGUGUGCUUCUCUUUAACCCAUCAUGGUCUACCUUCAUCAUAUGUUGAUUGUACUUUUUAUAUUACAUGCAGUUGCAAGUUUUCCUUUUUUCCCAGUGGCUGUGUUUAUCUUUAGAAGUGGCAGCUCGGUCCAUCCUCUGUGUGUAGAAAUGAUCCGUAUUGUUAAGAAAGAAUAUUCAAAGCUUGCUUCCUUUGACAUGAUUUCCCGCACAUUUAACUCCACAUUUAAGUGCGAAUGGAGCACUUUGUACCCUGCUAAAGGCUUUAAAAGACUGUGAAGAAAGACUGUUAUGUUGUAUCAGUCUUUACUAUAUGACUUUAGAUGGAAUUUAGAAUUUCUUUCUAUUAGGAAAUAGCCCACUGUUAUUCAUUUUAGCCCCCACUCCUGCCCCAGUAGUCUAAUAAUGGAAUGUGAUAGAUUUGCGUCUACCAAUCAGAAAUGAGAGGGCAUAUUUUAUUGUGUUUGCAAGAUUAUGUCAUUUUUUAAUUCAUCAGGAAAAAUCUGAUGAACCUUCCGGGGUUCUGCCAUGGCUAAGACUAGUUGGAAAAUAACCGUCCUUCAUUUUUAAGUUCUUUUUACAAUCUGUUGUGUCGAACUGACAAAGAUGCAGUCAUGAUUCUGCCACUGAUGAUCCUUCUUCAACAGUAUAUCCACGCUCUCAUUAACCAUCUGCUUUGGGAAAUAUGUUAUCGAAAGCUUAUGCGUUCCUUUCAUUGCGUUGUUUUUAAUGUUUUUAAAAGAAUAGUUAUACAUUUUGGGACAUAUGCUCACUUGCUUUCAUGCAGAGUUGAGAAGAUCAGUACCAGUGUCGUGUCUGUGCAGUAAAUGUAAAGCUGGAGUCAGCAGUUGGCUAGCUUAGCUUAGCAUAAAGUCUGGAAACAGGGAAACAGCUAGCCUCACUGUCCAAAGGUGCAGCAUCUUUAAACCUCAGUAAUUAUCACAUGAUAAACAUGUAAAAACGUAGAGUUACGUGUCAGACUGUUUCUUGGCUGGGACAAGAAACUUCCAGGAGUUUUCACUGGUUGCUUGGCAACUGGUCCUCACCAUGAAAUAGUCAGAUACAUAACAGAGAUAAUGUAUUUAACCUAUAUUAAUGGGUUACAGAGGUGCUGCUAACCAGAUUCUGUUAUCAGGCUAGCUGUUUCCCUGUUUCCAGUGUUUAUGCUAAGCUAACUGUCUCUUUAUCUUGGCUGUGGCUUCAUAUUCACCAUACAGACACGAGAGUGGUAUAAAUCUUCUCCUCUAACUCUCAGUAAGUAGAAGUGAUUAAGUCUAAUUCCCAAAGUGCCACAACUCUUCCUUCAGGAUCAACAGUUUGUAUGAUAGACGGCUUGUUUAAUCAGCACUUUGGAUCAGAUGUUAGCAGACUCAUUACCCUGUAAACCUCCCACAGCUGCUGACAACCUUCGACCCCCCCCACACACUUUUAACCCUUCUGCUCCGUUAACGCCCUGUAGGCACCUUGUCUCUGUGUGUUUGUCUUUUAGUACUUUUGCACGUUUACUUGUUUUGUCUGUUACUUAGUCAAACCCCAACAUUUGAAAGCACUUGGCAUCAGUCACCUCGUAGAGUCACAUAUGAAGUGUAGUGUCACUGACCAGGGAGGCAGGCAAAAUGGAUCCUUCAUUCUCUGGGAGCUAUUUCAGUGCCAAACUCCUGUUUUGUCUGUUUUCAGUGAUGCUGAAAGUUGGUCAGUGUUCGUAUCAGAGGAGGAAACGAGUCCCAGCAUUUAAGUUUAUUAAUUUGUCCAAUGACUAGAGAAUUAAUUGAGGUCAUUGAUGAGUGAUAAGCGAGCUUUAUUUGUAACACUCACAGACGUGUUGUGUAAUCCCACAGAAUAAUGUAGGUCUGUCAGUAUUCCUAUUUUUGUGUGUUGUAUGUGGGAAUUUGAAAUGUGUUGCAACAUUUUCAUCAGUCGCGGUUGUCUGCUUAGUUUGUCGUCAGUGUGUUUCAUAACCCGGACAUGCUGUUGGUGUUUAAAGCACAAAAUAACACGUUUUGACACGAAUGUGAACCUUAAAGAAGAAUUUGUUUAGUCUAAAAGAAACAUUAUUGGCAGAUUAAAGAUAAUGCUCUGUCAGUUAGAAAUAAUUGGAUAAAUAUGUCAAAGUGAGGGCUCACUGGUGCAUUUCCACUUAAAAAAUGUCAAAAUGUUCCCAAAAUGCUAGACUAUCCCAACAACAAAUAUAAAAGCACUCGUAAAUUUCAAGCCACUCCCAUGCUCAGGUUGUUGAAACGUUCAUGUCUAGUACAGCACGUGGUCGUCCAUGUUUAGUCAUUCAUGUCCUGACAUUAAGAACCAAAAACAUUCAGUUUUAGAUUCCCAAAUGUGUCUGCUUCUGUAAGUUUAUGGUAUAUUUUGUCAGAAAAAAAAGUUCACUUGACAGAUAAAGUUUCAUGAAUGUGCUGCCACAGUGACAUUCACACCCAGGCUCAGAGAAAGGACGCUUGUUAUUUUUUUCUUUCUUUCUGAGGUUUUAAUCAGAAAAUAAAACCUAUCCUCAUUAAUUGCAUAGGGGUUACUCAUGGGUUACUUUCACAUUCAGUGUAUCCAAAUCUCUGCUGCUGCUGCUCCUCAUGUAAACAGGUAUAUAUAUACAUAUAUAUAUAUAUAUAUAUAUAUGAAAUCACACACUUGCCUCUUCUUGCUCAAAAAUGUAUGCUUGCUUAACCUGUACAUUUUUGAGGAGGACAACUGAAUAUGCAAUAGAAAUAACAGAUAAUCUAUCACCAUCACAUAACAAGAUGUGGUUGCUUCCUUUUGUUUUUUCCUCAGUUUUUUUUUCCAGUAUAAGCUAUUUGCAUACAGGAGAUUCACAUUAACUUCAGGAAAUGAUGCACACACACAGUAAGAAGUCCACACAGACUGCACAAAAAAAGCCUAUUUGAUGUUUGACAACAAGGUGACCAAAGCAAGUACAGACAAAUUCAACAUUAAUGUCAGUGUAAACUAAGUAGCUCCUAGAAGACAAAUGUACAGUUAUUUGUUUUUUCCUUUUUUAAAACACUUUUUAUUUUCUAACGUGAUGGCUUUGGUCAAAUUGUGUAAUACUGUGAAUAGGAUAGGAGUCAGUCUUUUUCACACACAAAACUGUUUGUGAAAGUAAUCAACCAGCUUGAAUCUAAAAAGAUUUGCACUACCCAAAUAUUGUUUGAAAAUCUAUUUUGUAUAAAACAUAUGCAGACAUUAACUUUUGAGAAUUAUCAAGGGCAGAUCAUGUUUCACUGGUAUAUGCUUUCUCUAAAAAAAAGCUUUGUUUUGCUUAAAAAAAAUGUAAUAUGUACAUAUAAUCCAUUGUAAAGAAAAUGUGGUGUAUUUGUCUCCAAAUAAUAGUUUUUCUAUACCUACCCUCUGUAUUAUUUCUCCUCUGUAGUGUGACUCCUGUUGAUCUUUUCCUCCAUUGAUUAAAGGUCGAACUGUAUUUCUUUGUGUGGUACUUCUCGAAACAACUGUAAGCUGGUGUUUGCCAUGAUAUUAACUCGAUGAUUUUGAACAAUGGAAAUGGUAAGCUCGUUGUAAGCCACUUUUCAUGAUCCACAGCAAGCACUUGUUCAUCAAAUAAAUGCGCUUUUCCAUUCUGA